GCAGUGAGGGCGGGGGCCACCAUGAGCCUGGUGCUGGAGGCGUUGCUGGUCCCCCCGGGGGGGCUCCGCAAGGAGCCCUCUCGUCUCGCUCCGCGCUCCGCCACCUCUUCCAGCGGCUUCCACUCAUGGUCGGGACCCCCGGGCCCGGCGGGGCGAGCGCGGGGCGGCGGCGGGGGAAGCGCGGCCGCUUCCUCCACCGAGAGCCUGGACUCGCUGAACGGCGAACCGCGGGCGCGUAACGAGAAGGAGCUGCUGCAGGUCCUCAACGACCGCUUCGCCGGUUAUAUCGAGCGGGUGCGGGCGCUGGAGCAGCAGAACCGGGCGCUGGCGGCAGAGGCGGCGGCGCUGCGGCAGCAGCAGGCGGGGCGCUCGGCCAUGGGCGAGCUGUACGCCCGGGAGCUGCGCGACAUGCGGGGGGCCCUGGUGCGCCUGGGGGCCGAGAAGGGGCAGCUGCGGCUGGAGAGGGCCCGCCUGGCAGAGGACGUGGCCGCGCUGCGGGGCAGGCUGGAGGAGGAGGCGCGACAGCGCGCCGAGCUGGAGGCGGCGGCCCGCGGGCUGGCCCAGCGCUCUGCGCAGGAGGAAAGGGCCCGGGGGCCUCUGGCGGAGCGAGCCCGAGCGCUGCGGGAGGAAGCGGAGCUGCUGCGGAAACAGCACCAGGACGAGGUGGGCGCGCUGCUGCGCGGUGCCCGCGCCGAGCUGCCCGCUGAGCCCCCCGCCUCGCUGCGGCCCGGGGUCACCGCAGCGCUGCGCGACCUGCGGGAGCAGCUGGAGGGCACGGCGGCACGCAGCACUCUGCAGGCCGAGGAGUGGUUCCGCGUGAGGCUGGACAAGCUCUCUGAAGUUGCCAAGGUGAACACAGACGCCAUGCGCGUGGCUCAGGAGGAGAUCUCUGAGUACCGCCGUCAGCUCCAGUCCAAGACCACUGAGCUCGAAGCCCUCAAAGGGACACAGGAGUCACUGGAGAGGCAGAGGCAGGACUCAGAGGAACGCCAUCAUGCAGAUGUCCUCUCCUAUCAGGAAACCAUCCAGCAGCUUGACAAUGAGCUGAGAAACACCAAGUGGGAGAUGGCAGCUCAGCUCCGCGAAUACCAGGAUCUGCUCAACGUCAAAAUGGCCCUGGACAUUGAAAUUGCUGCCUAUAGAAAGCUCUUGGAAGGGGAGGAGUAUAGGAUUGAGACCGGCUUUGGAAUGGUCUCCUACCCUGAAGUGAUCCCCAAGGCUCCCAGCAUCGCCACCAACAUCAAGGUAAAGAGCGAGGAGAAAAUCAAGGUGGUGGAGAAAUCUGAGAAGGAGACAGUGAUUGUGGAGGAGCAGACAGAGGAAAUCCAAGUGACUGAGGAGGUGACUGAGGAGGAGGAGGCUGAGAAGGAAGCUGAAGAGGAGAAAGCUGAAGAGGAGAAGGAAGAGGAGAAAGCUAAACCAGAGGGUGAAGAAGAAGCCAAGUCUCCUGCAAAAGAUAAGGCCAAAUCCCCAGAGAAACCUGAGUCCCCUACAAAGGAGGAAGCCAAGUCCCCAGCAGUCAAAUCCCCUGAAAAGCCCUCAAGCCCCUCAAAGGAAGAAGCCAAGUCCCCAGCAGUCAAGUCUCCAGAAAAGCCUUCAAGCCCCUCAAAGGAGGAGGCCAAGAGCCCACCUGCCAAGUCCCCAGAGAAACCCACAACCCCAGCUGUCAAAUCCCCAGAAAAACCCACAACCCCAGCUGUCAAAUCCCCAGAAAAACCCCCAGUGCCCUCAAAGGAGGAGGCCAAGAGCCCACCUGCCAAAUCCCCAGAAAAACCUGCAACACCCUUAAAAGAGGAGGCAAAGACUCCGACUGUGAAGUCCCCAGAAAAGCCACCGAGCCCUACAAAGGAGGAGGUCAAGCCUCCAUCUGUUAAAUCCCCAGAAAAGCCACCAAGCCCCUUGAAGGAGGAGGCAAAGAGCCCAGCUGUCAAGUCCCCAGAGAAACCUGCAACCCCCUCAAAAGAGGAGGCCAAGUCCCCGGCUGUCAAGUCUCCGGAAAAGCCUGCAACCCCUUCAAAGGAGGAAGCCAAGACCCCAGCAGUCAAGUCCCCAGAGAAACCCACACCCCCUUCAAAAGAGGAGGCCAAGACCCCAGCUGCCAAAUCCCCAGAGAAACCCGUGUCUCCCUCAAAGGAGGAGGCCAAGACCCCGACUGUAAAGUCCCCAGAAAAAGCCAAAUCUCCACAGAAGGAGGAAGCCAAGUCCCCACAGAAGGAAGUGGUCCCAGCCAAGGAGCCUGUCCCCUCCCCUCCAAAGGAGCCCAAGGCCCCUGCAAAGGAAGAGCAGCCAAAGGAGGAGAAGGCUUCCCCCAAGCCUGCAGCGGAGGGCAGGAAGGAUGAGGCUCCCAAGAAGGAUGCCCCGGCCAAGGCAGAGGAGAAGCCCAAAGAGAAGGCAGCUGCCGGGCCUCCUGCCCCACAGGUGAAGGAGAGCAAGGCUGCCUCCAAACCUGCAGAAGAAGGGAAAGCUGAGAAGGAUGCUCAACCAAAGCCUCAGCAGGAGGCUGGCAAAGCAGCUGUGAAGGAGCCAGAGAAGCCUAAGGCUGAGGAAAAGGCAGAGGAACCAAAGAAAACGGUGGAGGAACCAAAGAAGGUGGAAGACCCCAAAUCAAAACCCAAAGACGACUCCAAAGCCAGUAAAGAGCCCCCCAAAGCUGAGAAGCCCCCCAGCAAGGAGGGCAAAGCCCCAGAGCCGGCACCCGCUGCAGGAAAGAAAUGAGCGGAGCUCCUCCGGGAGCUGGAGCUGCUCCGCUCCCCUCCGAAGGGUGAGACGGGGACGGUCCCCAGCCCGGGUCCCCCCCAGCCAGGCCUUACCUUAGCAAUAUGUUUGUGAGAGACACAGCCCCUCGCUGCCCCACGCCAGCGGUAUGUUCCGAUCGCUUCAGUAGCAGAAUGUGAUCCAUGCAGAGCGCCACAUUUAACACUUGAGCUCUAACGAGGAAAACAGACCCCGGGGGAACCGACUGCCCUUCUCCAAUAAGUGCAUUUAUUUAUUGUAUGUGCAAUCGAUGGACAAGUGCAACUCAGAGCUCUAGCUGCUUGGGAGGUGUGCCGUGGGCUGGCUGGCAGAGUCCUUCCCUCGCUGGGGUGAUGAGUGGCCCUCCGGGUAGCGGCCCCAGCUGUAGCUGGCUUUGGGGAAGAGGUUAGGCACUGCAGGAAUGCCCACGGAAAUACGACGUGCACUAGGAAACUCGAGCCCACUGUCAAUUGCUUAUGUGCAAUAACCAAAUAAAGUGCUUACAGAGACA